AUGCCGCAAGACAUCAGAAGCUUCUUUGUGAAGAACAAGAGUUCCAAUGCACCCUCGGACAAUGCGGCCGAAGGUUCGAACGAGAAGCAAGAAAACAAGGACUCGUCUCCUGUGAAGCCUCAGGCGAAGCGGGCGUCGGAGGAGGAUCAGGCCUCCCCUCAGAAGAGGAAGCGGCAGAGUGGGAAGGAACCCAAGGACGAUGGGGUUGUGACGUCCAAGUACUUUAGCCAGGAGUCUGACAAGGUUGGGAACAAACGAAAGACAAAAGGAGCGUUCGAGGAUGUCACCAUUAUCGAAGACUCUGAGCCUGAAAAGGGGAAGAAAGCUUCUAAGAAGGAGCACCCUGUAGCCAGCGAGGAGCCAGCAAGGGUUGCUUCAAAGAGUCCUACUAAGGCAAAGAAAGAGGAGGUUGCGAAGAGUCCAGUCAAAGCCAAGAAAGAGGAAGAGUCAUCGAAGAGCACAAGCAAAGCCAAGGAAGAGGAAGAGUCAUCGAAGAGCACAAGCAAAGCUAAGAAAGAGGAAGAGUCAUCGAAGAGCACAAGCAAAGCUAAGAAAGAGGAAGAGUCAUCGAAGAGCACAAGCAAAGCUAAGAAAGAGGAAGAGUCAUCGAAGAGCACAAGCAAAGCUAAGAAAGAGGAAGAGUCAUCGAAGAGCACAGCCAAAGCUAAGAAAGAAGAGGUUUCAAAGGCCCCGGUCGUGACCCAGAAAGAAGAGCCCAAAAACAGCCCAGUGAAGGCCAAGACUGAAGACAAAUCUCACUCCGGCCAGGGAGGUCAUGUGAAAUCUACGGAGGAGGUCAACAGCAAGGCGUCGAAGCCUGCCAGUGAGACUCAAGCUGAUCCUCCAAAGCGCAAGUGGAAUUGGAAUCAACAGAAGCAAGAUGUGCCCAACAAGCACCUAAAGGAAGAGAGGAUCGACGAGAACAGAGGGGCACCAAAUUGUUUGAGUGGGAAAACAUUCGUAAUUACGGGAGUGCUGGACUGUCUCGAGAGAGACGAAGCGUCGGAUCUCAUCAAAGGAUAUGGAGGUCGAGUGACGGGAUCUGUUAGCAAGAAGACAGAUUUCUUGUUGUGUGGAGAAGAACCAGGGGACAGCAAGGUGAAGAAGGCAGAAGAGCUGAAAGUGCCCAAGAUUGACGAAGCAGGCCUCUUUCAACUGAUCAAGUCAACAGCGACAUCAGCUCCGACGAAUGAGGCAGCAAAGAGUCCAGAAGCCAAGGUACCGGUGACCAAAGCAUCUCCAAAGAAGAGUGCUUUCACCGCGAAGAAAGAUACCGCUGUAAAGAAAGAAACAGACUCAUCUGUUGACAUCAAGUCCUCCUCCACGAAAUCGACAAAAACAGACGUUUCAGGUGAAGGAGGAACCUCGUUGUGGGUCGACAAACACAGCCCGGCCAAAUGCGAAGACCUUGUGGGAAAUGGUGACAAGCGAGAAACUUUGCGCCGAUGGCUGCAAAACUGGGGAAAGUCAGAAGCAGUAUCAGGGCAAGGAAGAGCCAAGAAAGAAGAUGCUGACAUGAAUAAGAGGGCAGUGCUCAUCACAGGCCCUCCGGGAAUCGGCAAGACUUCCACUGCGCGUCUGGUGAUCACUUCUCUCAAGUAUGACGUCGUCGAGAUGAACGCAAGUGACGUGAGGAACAAGGCUGGCAUCGAUGAGAAGGUCUCGUCGUUGACUUCCAAUCACUCCUUGUCUGGCUACUUCUCGAAAUCAGAGCAAUCGAAGAUCGGCAACCGAAGAACGUGCUUAAUCAUGGACGAAGUUGAUGGAAUGUCGGGGGGGGACCGCGGAGGCGUGCAGGAGUUGAUCAACCUCAUCAAGAACACUCGAGUUCCAAUUGUUUGUAUCGCCAACGAUUACUAUGACAAGAAAAUUUCAAGUUUGAAAAACUGGUGUUUGGAUCUCCGAUUUCAGAAACCUGGCAAGAACCUUGUCGUCAAGCGUCUAGAACAGAUUGCUCGAGAAGAGGGGUUUCAGAUCAAAGACAGAAACGUCUUUCAAAACGCAUUAGAGAAACUGGUUGAGGGAGCCAAUGGAGAUAUUCGGCAUGUCAUCAACUCGCUACAGACUUGGAGGAUGCGGUCGAAUGAGCUCAACUUUGCCGAUGUUGCUGAGAUGCAAAAGGGGGGGAAGGAACAGAGUGUCGUACAAGCCAGUAUCUUCGAUGUAUCGACAGAAUGGUUCCUUGACAGUCAAAAACGAAACAACGCAACUCUCGGCGAUCGGCUGGACAUGUUUUUCUUUGACGCCGAUCUUAUACCUCUGCUGGUUCAGGAAAAUUAUCUCAAGACAAGAACCUCUCUGCCGCCAGAUGAAGUCAAGAAGAACCCGGAGUUCCACCUCAUGGAGCGCAUGUCACGUGCAGCAGAAUCCAUCAGUGAUUCCGAUCUCAUCAACAGUGACAUCAGAAAAAACCAACACUGGAGCUUACUCCCUUGCUACGGCACGCUGGCCACCGUCAAGGCCGGGUUCCCUAUCAGAGGGAUUCCGCCCGCGUUCUACUCCAACGAGCUGUGGAGGAAACAAUCUUUCACCAAGAUUUUAGGACACACUUCUACUGUCAACAAGAAGAACAGGCUCUUGUCUGACAUUCAGAGAUGCAUGAAGCUCAAGUCAUCUGCAAACAAGACUGACAUCGCUUGCGAUUACUUGGGCGUUCUGCGAAAUCGACUCGUGAAACCUCUUCUCGACAAGGGCCAGAACGGAAUUCAAGAUGUGAUCGACCUCUUGGACGAGUACUACUUUACCAAGGAGGAGUUCGACUCAAUCUGCGGUGAGCUUCGGAUCCAAGACGACAAGGUUGCGCCAGACAUCUACGGCUCCGUUGAUAGCAAAGUGAAAGCUUCGCUUACAAGAGGGUACAAGCAGGAGGGACACAAGAUCGCCUUUGUGAAGAGCUCAGGAGUGAAAGAUCUCGCCUCCAAGGUCAAGUCUCAGCCCAAGACGCUGGGCAGGUCAGGGGACAUGGAGAAGGAGGACGACGAGAAAGAGGAGAGCGAGGCAGAGGGGGAGAACGAUUCCGACACAGAUGCUCCAACUGCCGCCUCGCAGCAGAAAGGAAAGAAAUCCAAAGGAGGCUCCUCAGCGGCAAAGGCCCCAGCAAGCAAGUCCAAGUCCGCGAGGGGGGGCAAGCGGGCGACGUGA